AUGUCUGUCGCUAAGAUUGCUGGUGUCGUCCUCGGCUCGGCCGCCCUUGUUGCUGGCCACGGUUAUGUGUCUGGUGCUGUCAUCGACGGCGAGUACUACGGAGGAUACAUCGUCUCCUCCUACCCCUAUGAGAGUGACCCUCCGGAGACCAUUGCCUGGUCUACCACAGCCACUGACCUUGGCUUCGUCGACGGCUCUGAAUACUCGGACCCUGACAUCAUCUGCCACAAGAGCGCUAAGCCUGGUGCUAUCUCCGCUGACGUCAAGGCCGGUGGUACUGUUGAGCUUCAGUGGACUGACUGGCCUUCCAGCCACCACGGUCCCGUCCUGACUUACCUUGCCAACUGCAACGGUGACUGCUCCGAUGUCACCAAGACUGACCUUGAGUUCUUCAAGAUCGACGAGAGCGGCCUCAUUAGCGACACUGAAGUCCCCGGAACCUGGGCCACUGACAACUUGAUCUCCAACAACAACAGCUGGACUGUGACCAUUCCCUCGACCCUCGAGGCUGGUAACUACGUCCUGCGCCACGAGAUCAUUGCCCUGCACUCCGCUGAGAACAAGGAUGGCGCCCAGAACUACCCCCAGUGUCUCAACCUGAAGGUUACCGGCAGUGGUAGCUCCACCUACUCCGGCACCAAGGGUGAAGCCCUCUACAAGGACACCGACCCGGGUAUCCUGGUCAACAUCUACGAGACCCUGAGCUCCUACGACAUCCCCGGUCCUGCUAUGUACAACGCCACUUCCUCCAGCAGCUCUUCUGGCAGCUCCUCCGGUGCCUCUUCUACCAGCUCCGCUGCCGCUGCCGCCGCCACUACUUCCAGUGCCUCGACUUCCAGCGCUUCCACCCCCACCACCAGCGCUGCCGCUGCGACUAGCUCCGCCGUAAGCGCCACCACCACUGCUGCUGCUGCCGUUGUCACCGACGUUGAAACCACCGUUCAGACUGCGGUCGCCACUGCUUACCAGACUUCGACUGACGUUGUGCAGGUCACUGUCACUGGCAGCGCCCCCCAGCAGACCCACAUCCAGGUCGCCAGCUCCAGCGCCGCUGCUUCCACCCCCAGCAGCUCCAGUGUCGCCGUCUCCAGCGACAACCUCACCAGCUACUUCAGCUCUCUGAGCGCCGACCAGUUCCUCAGCGUCCUGAAGGAGACCUUCUCUUGGCUGGUCACUGAGAAGAAGCACGCCCGUGACCUCAACGCCUAA